CUGCAGCCGGCGUCCGCAGCUCCCAGGGUGGCUGGAGCAGGGGGCGCCGCGCUGGCCCCGCCCCGGCCCGCAGAGGAAGGGGGAUCGCCCUUCCAGUGGGAGGGGUCGCAGCCCGCGCUCCCCCUCCCCACCCGCCAGCCCGGGUUAAAUGCGGCCGCCGCCUCCGCUCGCUCCAGCUGCCUGGCAGUCCCCAUCUCCGGCACGCAGCCCGCGCCGUUACCUGCUCCAACUGCCCGGGAGGCUCCGCCCGUCGGCUCCGCUCGGCGGCCGCGCCUCCGAGUUAUCCCGCAGGCUCAGGUUCUGACACGUCUGUUCCCCAAGCGCCAUGAGGGUCCUUCCAUGCUCACCACUGCCUGUGUUGCUGCUCCUUCUCCAGCCUUGGGAAACCCAGCUCCAGUUCGCAGGUCCCAGGUGCCGUACUGGGCCCCUAGAUUUGGUGUUCGUGAUUGACAGCUCGCGCAGCGUGCGCCCCUUCGAGUUCGAGACGAUGCGACAGUUCCUGAUGGGCCUGCUCCGCGGCCUGGAUUUGGGGCCCAACGCGACACGCGUCGGCGUAAUCCAGUAUUCCAGCCAAGUGCAGAGCGUCUUCCGGCUCGGCGCCUUCUCGCGCCGCGAGGAUAUGGAGCGCGCCAUUCGAGCUCUGGUGCCGCUGGCGCAGGGCACCAUGACCGGGCUGGCCAUCCAGUACGCCAUGAACGUGGCCUUCAGCGUGGCCGAAGGCGCGCGCCCGCCGGAGGCGCGCGUGCCGCGUGUCGCUGUCAUUGUGACUGACGGGCGGCCCCAGGAUCGCGUGGCAGAGGUGGCGGCGCAGGCGCGCGCCCGCGGCAUUGAAAUCUAUGCUGUGGGGGUGCAGCGCGCGGACGUGGGCUCCCUGCGCGCCAUGGCCUCUCCCCCGCUGGACGAGCACGUCUUCCUAGUUGAGUCCUUUGACCUUAUCCAGGAGUUUGGCCUGCAGUUCCAGGGCCGGCUGUGUGGCAAGGACCUGUGUGCUGAGGGGGGACACGGCUGCCAGCACCAAUGUGUCAGCUCCCCAGGCACAUCCUACUGUGCCUGCAACACCGGCUACCAGCUAGCAGCAGAUAACAAGAGCUGUUUGGCCAUUGACCACUGCAGCUUUGGGAACCACAGUUGCCAACAUGAGUGUGUUAACACCCUUGGUGGGCCACGGUGCCACUGCAGAGAGGGCCAUGACUUGCUGCCUGAUGGAAAGAGCUGUCAGGCCCGGGACCUUUGCAAUGGUGUAGACCAUGGAUGCGAAUUCCAGUGUGUGAGUGAGGGUCUCACCUACCGCUGCCUGUGCCCUGAGGGGCGGCAACUCCAGGCUGAUGGCAAGAGCUGCAACCGAUGCAGGGAAGGCCACGUGGACCUCGUUCUGCUUGUCGAUGGCUCCAAGAGCGUGCGCCCGCAGAAUUUUGAGCUGGUGAAGCGCUUUGUGAAUCAGAUCGUGGACUUCCUGGACGUGUCCCCCGAGGGCACGCGAGUGGGGCUGGUGCAAUUCUCGAGUCGGGUGCGCACCGAGUUCCCCCUGGGCCGCUAUGGCACUGCCGAGGAGGUGAAGCAGGCGGUCCUGGCCAUAGAGUACAUGGAGCGCGGUACCAUGACCGGGCUGGCACUGCGCCACAUGGUGGAGCACAGCUUCUCCGAGGCGCAAGGCGCGAGGCCCCGUGUCCUUAACGUGCCUCGGGUGGGCCUGGUCUUCACCGACGGCCGCUCCCAGGAUGACAUCUCCGUAUGGGCGGCGCGGGCCAAGGAGGAAGGCAUCGUCAUGUACGCCGUGGGCGUGGGCAAGGCGGUGGAGGAGGAGCUGCGCGAGAUCGCCUCAGAACCCGCGGAGCUGCACGUGUCCUACUCCCCAGACUUCAACACCAUGACACACCUGCUGGAGAACCUCAAAGGCAGCAUCUGUCCAGAGGAAGGCAUCAGCGCGGGCACAGAGCUUAGGAGUCCCUGCGAAUGCGAAAGCCUCGUGGAGUUCCAGGGACGAACGCUGGGGGCGCUCGAGAGUCUGACUCAGAGCCUCGCUCAGCUGAUGGCGCGCCUGGAGGAUCUGGAGAAUCAGCUGGCCACUCAUAAGUGAGGACCACCAUGGCGACCCGGACAGGGACGCGGACCCACGGACUGUGCCCCCUUGUGCGCUGUCCCCAGCCAGUGGAGGGCUGAGCCUGGGCUCCUUUGGCUCCGACUGGCGGGGACCAGGCGCUGGCGGGCUCCCAGCGCUGCGCUCGAGCUGGCCUCGCCUGGACCACAAGCCGGACUGCGGAGUACAGAGGGACGUGUACUAGGUCCUCACGCCCUCGCCGCGUGCUGCGCUCAGAUCUUUCUUGGAUUUCUUUUUUU